GCCCAUUAACGAACGGUCCCAGGCGACGGAUCCGUUUUUCCCCAAAUUAGAAGGGAAGAGCGUCGACGAUCCCGAUCCCAAGGUCAAGGAGGCCGAUGAAUAACGACGAAGCGAACGCAGCCGCUGGCGAUGGCUCCGGAGGCAGCUCCGGCGAGGGGGCCUCGUCGUCUCCGCCGAGGGUCUCCGAGAAGCGGAAAGAAAAGGCGCGAGUUAGCCGCACGUCGUUGAUUCUGUGGCACGCACACCAGAACGACGUCUCGGCCGUCCGCAAGCUCCUUGAGGAGGACCGCAGCCUCGUCAACGCCCUUGACUACGACAGACGGACUCCGCUCCACGUUGCGGCGCUCCAAGACCGGAUCGAUGUAGCCAAGUGCCUCCUCGAGUACGGUGCCGACGUCAAUGCCCAGGACCGGUGGAACAAUACGCCACUGGCUGAUGCAGAAGGAGCUAAGAAGGAGGCCAUGAUCCAUCUGCUAAAGUCAAAUGGAGGCUUGUCUUUUGGACAAGAUGGAAGUCAUUUUGAAGCAAAGUCAGUUCCUCCCCCACUUCCUAACAAGUGUGACUGGGAAAUUGACCCAUCAGAGUUGGAUUUUACAACCGCAGCACUAAUUGGCAAGGGUUCAUUUGGUGAAAUCAUAAAAGCCUAUUGGCGUGGAACACCUGUGGCAGUCAAACGUAUUCUUCCUUCUUUGUCAGAUGACAGAUUGGUGGUCCAAGAUUUCAGGCACGAAGUACAUUUACUUGUAAAGCUACGCCAUCCUAAUAUUGUCCAAUUUCUUGGUGCUGUUACAGAUAGGAAACCAUUGAUGUUAAUCACCGAAUUUUUGAGAGGGGGUGACCUUCACCAGUUUCUAGAGGAUAAAGGUCCACUUGGCCCAUCAUUGGCCAUCAACUUUGCCCUAGAUAUGGCCAGGGGCAUGGCAUAUCUCCAUAAUGAACCAAAUGUUAUAAUACAUCGAGAUCUAAAACCAAGGAAUGUCCUUUUGGUGAAUUCAAAUGCGGACCAUUUGAAGGUUGGAGACUUUGGAUUGAGCAAGCUAAUUAGAGUAGAACACUCGCACGAUGUGUACAAAAUGACUGGAGAAACUGGAAGCUAUAGAUACAUGGCUCCUGAAGUAUUCAAGCAUAGAAAAUAUGAUAAGAAAGUUGAUGUUUUCUCUUUUGCGAUGAUAUUGUAUGAGAUGCUGGAAGGUGUCCCCCCAUUUUCAGCCCAUAAACCUUAUGAAGCUGCCAAGCUUGUUGCAGAGGGAAAACGUCCAUUGUUCCAUAAUAAAGGAUAUAUUCAGGAAUUGAGGGACUUGACAGUGCAAUGCUGGGCUAUGGAUAUGAAUAAGAGGCCAACCUUUCUUGAGAUUCUCAGGAGGCUUGAAAAGCUGAAAGAGAGCCUGCCAUCAGAUCACCACUGGAACAUUUUCGCUCAGUAGAACACCCAAAGCUUCUUUGUUCUUUUCUAUUUUGUGUUUUUGAAAUCAAAUCCAGUUAGAAAUUUGUCGUUUUGGUGGAUCAUCACUGCACUCCAAAACUGCUACCAAACUCUGUUCAACGAAGAAUAGAUCUGCUACAUAGAGUUGUUCCCCAGAUUCAGGGUCUUCCAUUUCCCUUCUUCCGUCUGGAUGCAUAAGCAGUUGCAAACAUACUCUGCUUUACUCCGUCUGUCUGUCAGGAAGAAAUUGUUUUCUGCAAAUUGUUGUCGAUUUUAGAAAUUGUAGAUGCAAACAUCCGCUCCUUUGAGAUUCUUUGUAAUGCACUGUGAUAUGUGUGAAACCAUGAAUUGACCACCAAGGGAUAUAUUUUAACAACUGGAUGAGAAUUUUUCUGAAUGUGAUGGAUUGGUUUUCUAAA